GCAUUGAGAAAAACAAAGCCACUCCGGAGGGAGCCCCGUUGCGCUGGGGCUGCAGGCAGGGAAGCAGCAGCCGCCGCCGCAUCCGCAUCCGCAUCCGCAUCACCAUGGUGUCGCCGGUGACAGUGGUGAAGAGCGAAGGUCCUAAACUGGUGCCCUUCUUCAAAGCCACUUGUGUCUACUUUGUCCUCUGGCUACCAACCUCCAGCCCUUCGUGGUUCAGUGCCCUUAUCAAGUGUUUGCCUAUCUUCUGCUUAUGGGUUUUCUUGCUAGCUCAUGGAAUCAACUUCCUGGUGGCUCACCAGAGCGCAUGCAGAAUCUUUGCUGGCUUGAUAUUCUCAGCGAUAGGAGACGCUUUCCUCAUCUGGCAAGAGCAAGGCUACUUUGUUCACGGUUUACUGAUGUUUGCCAUCACACACAUCCUGUAUUCCUCAGCAUUUGGGAUAAAGCCGUUAGACCUGAAAGCUGGCCUGGUGAUGGCGCUCAUGUCCAGUUUCUGCUACACUUUCCUGUAUAGCUACCUCUCAGGCCCAUUCACCUAUCUAGUGGCUGUCUAUGUUGCCUUGAUUGGCUUCAUGGGCUGGCGGGCCAUAGCCGGUGUGCAGCUGUGCAACGAUCUGUGGACUUGGACCAAGCUCUCCGCUUGCAUUGGCUCAGUGCUCUUCAUGGUGUCAGAUCUGACCAUUGCUGUCAAUAAGUUCUGCUUUCCAGUGCCCUACUCACGGGUCAUCAUCAUGGCCACUUACUAUGCAGCUCAAAUGCUCAUUGCACUUUCUGCUGUGGAGAGCCGGGAUGAGGAGGUGUUCAAGAAGCAGAAGUAGAUGAUGACGUCCAUCCCAAACUCAGCUGAGGGGCACUGUAGCUGCAUUCAUCCAUACCUGAGGACGGUUCUGAUUCUUUAGGUGAAACGGUGAUUCCUUUGCUUCCUCAAAGUGUUUUCUUUAGUGUUUAGCUGGCUUUCCUCCAGGCUGAUUUGCUGGUGUGUGGAUCUCACACUGGAAAUUUAGAUUGUUCUCGCAGAACUUACUCUCUGACCUUUCCCCCUGCCCCUACCUUGGAAGCUGUAGGAGUCUUCUCAAAUAAUUCAUGGUAUUUGUAUAAUGCUGAACAUUCCAGAAGGAGAAGACUAAUUUCAGAAGGAGGUGGGCAGGGGGAGAAUAUACAACAUGUUGGGGAUCAAGAGCCUUACUGUCAACACUGAAUGUGCAAAAUCAUGUGAAAAGGAGCCCUGGUGCUGUUUGACUGAGCCCUGUUUUUGUGUGCAUUGCAGUACAACUGUGAAAUUACUGUGUUUCUACACAAGGAACCCCCAGGGCCUGAACAGCAUGCAGGAGCAUUGAAUGGGAGUUUGUAUGAGUAGUACAGCUUGUGCUGUCCCUGUGAGAAAUCAGUCUGAAUUCCAGAUUCAUACAACCAUUUAUUUAUAGGCCAUUGAAAGCCUUUCUUCUGAAUGUGAAUUCUGUUGAGCCUCUGGCAUUCUUCAGACUUAAAAGCAACAACAAAAUGCAACAAUAAUCUCAGGCAUGGAGUGGGGAGAUGGGAAAUGCGUUCUUCUUAUCCCUUUCUUCUUUAAAAAGGAAGUCAUGAUAUACCAUUAAUUGGCUUUUUCAAGCAGAAACCUUUCGCUAUGUGUAAUCUCUGCUUAGAGCAACCAAAUGUGGAACUGAAGAAUAAUUCAAGUAUCUUCAAAAGUCUCUGUCACCAGAUGAGUUGCAAUUGAAUGGGCCGGCUGAUGAAGCUACCUGCUUUUCAGAUCUGCUAUCGUCACAGUUAGAUGGCCUGGGAAGAACUGGGAGCCAACUUCUCUACCCUGUCAUACCCAUCUCCAAAAUCCCAAACAAAGCCAGUGGAUGGAAAGAGGGCACAACAGCGAUGAUGCAGACAUGAUUGCUUAGUGGUACUCUGAUCACUGUGAAUGAAGGCUGUGUUAUGGAUCACUAACAAGUAUUAGCAAGUUAUUGUUUCUACAAUGAGCUUGGACUAUCAGGGAACAAUAUUCAUUCAGUGAAGCCAAUGGGCUUCCAUGGAUUUGUGCAUGUGGAAUUUGUAUGUACCAGUUCCUAUGGACACAUGCACAUCAAUGUUGAGUUGACUUUCUCAUCCUCUUCAACUAGAAUUCUAGAGUCUGCAGAUGCCUUCAUGCAUACAGUUGCAAUGCAGGUCAUGUCAGCAGGCACAGCAGCCCUGUCACUAAAGUGCUGAGAGAGUUAGUCAAUGCACCACUUUUCUAAGCCAUUUAUCCAUCUUCACAGGGCAGCACUAAGGUGCUAUAGAUCAGUCUGGGAGAGUUUUCAGUUGACCUGCCCUGCAGCAGUCUGCAUGAAGACCCCUCUGUGCAUGUCCUCUUUGUUACUCAUGGAACUUUUGGGGACAGAGGGAGAAUGCCUCUUCCUUACACACUGUAUUUGACUUGGUUCACUACUCUUUACAGUCUAGAAAAUGGAAGAUCUUGAAGCCUUUCUUUCUUUCUUUCUUUCUUUCUUUCUUUCUUUCUUUCUUUCUUUUGUCUGAACAGUUAUUAGAUGCCACUUACAGUUAGAUAAUUCCUCUCUUGUGUUCUGUCAUUAGAAUUCUGUCUUUUCUUGCACUGUGUGGACAGGCAACUUUUAAAUUAGUAUUUUGAUUUUAUCUGUCAAACCAGAGAGCAUGUAGCUUAUAAAAGACCCCCCCACACCCUUUUUAAAAAAAGUUAAUUCUUAGGUAGGGGUAUCUCUAAAGCAGUGCUCAACAUAUUCCAGAUUGUUUCUUCUCCCUCCCCUCAGUAAAUAUUAUUUGAUAAAAUCUGCACAUGGCCGCAUCCUUGUAUUAGAAGUGACAUGCAACAUACUCUAGUCCUCAGGAUCUAGCAAUGAACCAUUGCUCUCUAGAAGAACUUGUAGAAGAAUUUACAUUUGCCAAGGUGUGCCCAGCGCCAUAAAGGAAUAUCUAUCUGUUCAGUUAUGAACAUGGAAAGUGCCUCAGUGAUUUGCAUUAUAGCUCCAGCAGGCACUGGAAAUCAGUUGUGGAAAUAUGCUAGAGAUCCUAAUUGUGCUAUAAAUGUACAUCGCUCUUAUACCACUUCCACAGCAUUUCCCAAGGGAAUUUCUGAAUAUUUAAGUAGGUGAAUGUGCUGAGAAUUCUCUACGGUGUACCUCUAGCUUGUCUCCUUGCCACAGUGCCAGGGCUUCCAGUACAUCUUGAAUGACUAUUACAUUUAAUCUCUGGUAUAGUGUAAUUCUAAGUCAAACCAUUUCGAAAGCAUAGAUUGAAAACAGACUAGAGCAAUAUAACCCUGCACUUCAGGUAAAUGCUGAAAGCUGCUGUUUGCUGUAGUUUUAUAUUGCAAAGGGUAGGAUUUAUGCUGCUGACAAGAUAUUCAUAGAAUUGUAGAACUAGAAGAGUCCACAAGGGCCAUCUAGUCCAAUCCCUGCCAUACAGGAAGAUAUAGUCAAAGCACUCCCAACAGAUGGCCAUCCAGCCUCUGUUUCAAAACCUCCACCACACUCGGAGGCAAUGUGUGCUUACUGUCAGGAAGUUCUUCCUAAUGUUUAGAUGGAAUCUCUGCAAGUCCCAUUAGCUCCAGCCAGCAGAGCCAAUGGUGAGGAAUGAUGGGAGCUGCAGAUCGACUACAUCCCUAUCCUUUCUCCAUGGAUUUGAGAGUGCUGGCAUCUGUAUGGUGAAAUUUUUAUAUAGUUUAUACUGAAAGUCAGACAGAAAAAAACUGAUUCAGUUUGGGCUAUGAGUGCCAAUAAGGAUUGCAGUGUUAUUUCAGUCUAGACUCUCUUUCUCUUUCUCUCUCAUUCUGACUCUGAAAGUAAUAAUUAAAUUUGUUUUAUUUAUAUACCGCUAUUCCAAAGAUCAUAGCGGUGAACAGCAAGUAAGCUAAUUUGCCCCCAACUGG